AUGGUCGCCAUUCAGAUCGCCUCAUUCCUCUUCAGCGCUGGUGCGCUGGUAUCUGCUAUGCCCACGAGCCUGGAUGCUCGCGGUAACUGCACAUUCAGCGAUGCCGCCGCCCUCGCCAAGGGCAAGGGUUCGUGCAGUUCCAUUGUCAUCAAAGACAUGAAUGUGCCUGCUGGGACCACACUCGACUUGACAAAACUGAAGAGUGGUACCACUGUUACUUUCGAGGGAGCCACUACCUUUGGUUACAAGGAGUGGGAAGGCCCUUUGAUCUCUGUCUCGGGUGACAACAUCAAGGUCAACGGAGCCAGCGGCCAUUGCAUCAAUGGAGAUGGUCAAAAGUGGUGGGAUGGCAAGGGCAGCAAUGGAGGAAAGAAGAAGCCAAAGUUCUUCGCCGCUCACUCCAUGACGUCCUCCACCAUUACCGGACUGAACAUCAGAAACACCCCCGUCCAGGGUUUCUCCAUCAAUCAAUGCAAGGGCCUCACUGUUGACCAGAUCACCAUUGACAACUCUGCUGGGAACGGGCCCAAUGGGGGCCACAACACCGAUGCUUUCGAUGUUGGCAGCUCAUCUGACAUUCACAUCACCAACGCCAACGUCAAGAACCAGGACGACUGCCUCGCCGUCAACUCUGGAACCGAUAUUUUCUUUAGCAAGUGCACCUGCGACGGUGGCCACGGCAUCAGCAUUGGCUCCGUGGGCGGCCGCUCCGACAACGUCGUCAAGAACGUCUUCAUCACCGACUCCACCAUUAUCAACUCGGAAAACGGGGUGCGGAUCAAGACGGUUGCUGGCGCCACCGGCUCCGUCUCCAACGUCACGUACAAGAACAUCACUCUCAAGAACAUUACCAAGAACGGCAUCGUCAUCCGUCAGGACUACCAGAAUGGCUCCCCAACUAACAAGCCCACGGCCGGCAUCUCCGUUACUGGCAUCCAUCUCGAGGACAUCCAUGGCACUGUGGCGUCUGGGGCCACCAACAUUCUCAUUCUUUGCGGAAAGGGCAGCUGCAGCAACUGGACCUGGUCAAAUGUCAAUGUGACUGGUGGCAAAAAGAGCAGCAUGUGCCAGAAUGUUCCUGCUGUCGCAAGCUAUGCUCUGCGCUUUGACACCUAA